AUGCAGACGCCAAGCUUUACGAGUUUUGUAAACGAGACGGAGACAGAAGGCACAGCCAUCGCAUCAUUCCAAGAUCUCUUAAUCCCCCAUGGCCGAACAGUGCAAUUCCUGUUCUCCAACUUCAUCGCUCCAAUCCUCCUCAUCAUCGCAUGUAAUGGUAUCUGGAAGUCCCACAACUACAACCUGAAGGAUCUUACUUGCAACCUUCCGUUACCGCCUGGCAACUUUGGCCUUCCUUUCAUUGGGGAGACGCUGAACUUCGUCCUUCUGGGCAGCAAAUUCUACAAAAGCAGACGAGAGAACUUCGGCCAUGUUUACAAGACGCACAUCCUGGGGCGGCCAACAAUCCGCGUGAUCGGGUCUAAGAAUGUCCGUAAGAUCUUGAAUGGAGAGAACACGAUCGUGACCACACACUGGUCGACAAGUACACGGAUGAUCCUUGGCGGAAGCUGUCUGUCACAGUCAGUGGGAUCCCUCCACAGGCAGAGAAGGAAAUUAGUCGCCAAGGCGUUCUCCCACGACGCGCUGUCUUCGUAUGUCAAGCCCAUGCAGAGGAUCGUGAAGUCUCACAUCGAAAAGUGGUGCUUUGAUGAAGUCAUCUUCGGCUAUCAAGAAUGUAGGAAUCUGACCUUCGCCUUGGCUGCAAAGAUCCUCCUUGGCUUCAACCUUCGCCAGGCUGAUAUCAUCUCCAUGCUCCACGUCUUUGAAGACGUAUCCAACAACAUCAUCUCCAUCCCGAUCCAGUUCCCCGGUGGAGGACUUACCAAGGGUUUGAGAGCAAAGAAAAUCCUCCUUGAAAAAAUCGGCGAGUGUAUCAAGAAGAGGCAGGAAGAAAACUGCAGCCAAACGUACGUGGACGCUCUGUCCCUUCUGCUGAACGACCAGAGCGAACUCAAGAUGGCACCAGACGAGCUCAAGGAGAUUGCGUUGGAACUGCUGUUUGCAGGCCACGAGACCACUGCAAGCGCCGCCUGCACCUUGUUAAUGCAAUUAGCAAAACACCCAGAGGUCACCGAAAAGAUCCGAGACGAACUUCACGCGAAUGGUAUCACAGAGUCCGGCCCCAUAAACUAUGACAGCAUCAAUGGUUUGAGCUACGUCAGUAAUGUUGUGAAGGAAGUGCUACGCAUAGCGCCACCUAUUGGUGGAGGAUUCAGAAAGGCCUUGAAGACGUUUGAACUUGAUGGCUACCAAGUUCCCGCCGGUUGGACAGUCAUUUACUCCAUCCGGGACACACAAGAGACCAGCAGCAUGUUUGAUGACGUAACAGAUUUCAACCCAGAUCGUUGGGCAGACUUUAAAGGUCACAUGACACCAGAGGAACGCUACCAAUACGUUCCCUUCGGUGGCGGCAAGAGGUCAUGCAUUGGAAAGGAAUUCGCGAAACUUUUUCUCAAGGUCAUGACUGUUGAACUUUCAAGGUCAUCGACGUGGAAACUGCACAACAACAAUCCUCAAAUGAAAUACUUGCCAGUGCCACACCCUAAAGACAAUCUUCCUCUUACCAUGUCUCCACUGCCAGGUUUUAGGAGCAGGUCUUACACCUUGUAAAAAAACUGAACUUUCCAGAAAGAAACUUUUGCAAUUUGCUUUAACUCA